AUGGGUAGUAUCUGCAAUUAAAGAAUUACUUCGCCUUAUAAAGAAUUUGAUUUAGAAGAAAUUAUAUUUGGAAGAACAUAUAUUUAUGGUCCUCCCUCUAUUAUAAGACCAUCACCUAUUGAAAUAUUGAAAUUUUCAGAUGAGGAUUUUAAUUACCAAUAAGAAAAGGAACAAUGGUAUUCCACUUAGAUCCCUCAAUCAGAGGAUUAGGCAUUACUAUAAAUUUCAGAUAGAGAUUUAAAACUCACUCAAGUAAAAUUAUCAGUAGAAGAAGUCCUCAUACUAAAAGAAUAACCUGAAUCACCAGAUUAGAUUAGUUUUUCAAAGGAUGAUCAAAAUAGUGAGAUUAAGGACUCCUAAUAAGAUAUUGCAAAACACAAACCAAUUUUAAAACACAAAAAUUAAAAUACCUCAAAUCCUUAGAGUCCUAAAAACUAACUCAAAGAUUCUUAAACUUCAGGGUCUUAACGAUCUAUAAAAAAAGUCACAUUUGAUAAAAAAUCAAAAGUUGUUUAUAGUAGCUUUAGAAAAAUCAAAUAUUGA